AUGCAGGUAAUGGUUUCAAUUGUUUCACUCUUAUCCAACCUAGUUAUCGAGAGAGUGGAUGAACGAACUGGAAUAACUUGCUUAUUUUCACUUCUGACAUUUGUCCUUGUCAGCAUUGUUUGCGAAAGAAUUUUUGAUGAUCUACGAUUGUGCAUGAUGUUCAGCGUAUUUCCAACCAUUGUAAUUCCUGCCCUGGUGUUUCUUUUUCGACCCAAAUACACACAUUCAAGAUUUUGGUAUUUUGCUGCAGCAUUUUACCUUCUGUCAAGAAUUGAAGCCCUUGCAGAUAUGAAAGUUUACAGUGUUAACAAAUAUGCCAUUAGUGGUCAUUCCUUAGAGCACUUGUGUUUAGCUAUGGUUCCUCUUGUUCUCAGCAUAAUGCUCUGGUUAAGAAGUAUCAGAAUUGCCCGGGACUAUUAAAUCAGAUUAGAAACUUAACAGAAUGCAUGAAGCUAUUGCGGAUACUGCCGCCGAUUGUGAAACAAAGAUGAACAUUUCAAAAGCUCGAGCAACUUACGUGAAACAUUUCGACCAACAAACUAUUAGCGGAAUCUGCAUGAAAUUGACCUAUGUACUACAGCUGUAGAUGGAUUUGUAUUUCACUACAGUUCAAUCUUGUAUGUUUGUUUAUAUAUUUUUGUGGGAAUCAUGACAAUGUUACUGCUUAUUGGUCUUUUUACUGGUUUACAGUUUACUGGAUUUUCAAUGUGUGAGUUGUACAAUGCUUCUCUGGGUUUGUUUGAACGAUGGCCGAACUGAUAACGUGAAGAUGAGAAUACUAUAUUUUCAAAUU